AUGAAUAGAAUAGAUAUGAAUAAAUUUGAACAAAAAGUAGUUUUGAAUGAUUCAUUAGAAGACACGAAUAAAAUAUUUCAAAAUCGAUCAAUAACUUGUAUUGAAGAUUUCUCAAAUGAAAUAUUUUUUGAAAUUUUUGACUAUUUCAAUGGUUAUGAAAUAGUUGAAACAUUUUCAACUCUUAAUUCUCAAUUUGAUAAACUUCUUCAUUCUUCAUCAUUUUUAAUUAAAACUCAUUUUUUCUUAUUUCAUUAUCCGGAAAAAAUAAUAAACACAUUUAAUCAAUUAGAAAUAUUUUCAAAUAAAACAUAUCCAAAUUUGAAAAUUUUAUCAAUUAGUUUUUCAAAAAAUAUCAAUUUUCUUGAUGCUCAUCGAUGGGAAAGAAUUAUUUUAAGUUAUUAUCCUCAAUUAGAAAAAUUCUAUUUGAAUUAUUAUGAAUGUAUAAAUAACGGUAAUCAGCAUCCAAUUAAUUGUGGAGAAAUAAACGAAUUUUCAUCAUCAUUUUGGAUUGAAAGAAAAUGGAUAUUUUAUGUUGAAAUUAAAUUUAUGAACAUUGAAUAUAAAAUUCGUCCGUACAAUAAAAAGUGGUAUCAUGAUACAAAUAAUAAUAUAAUUAAUUAUUCUACCAAUUUGACAUUAACAUUUAUUUAUGAUUCUAUACUCAAAGAUAUUGAAUUAACUCUAACAGUAACGAAGAUUUAUCAUUUGGAAAUUUUCGACAAAGAAAUCUCAAUUUCUAUAUUAGUUCAAAUUCUUAAUCGAUUGUCACAAAUCAUUACACUUAAAAUUCAUUCAUUAUCAACAGACAAAAGAGCAGAAGUAACUGUUGAACAACUUAAUAUGUUAUGUUUAAUGAAAAGUACUAGUAAAAUUGCCAAGGUUUAUGUUGAACACAUUGAUGAUGUUAAACAAAUUAAUUUCAUUUUCACAAUUUGUCCACGCAUGAAAUAUUUUCAAGUUGGACUUAAACAUUCAAUAGAUUUUAAAUUUUUUUUGGGUAAUAUUUUCAAUAACAUUAAACAUAAUAAUUAUCAACUUGAUGCAUUAUGUCUUCAUAUUCCAACAACGGGUGAUGAAAUACUUGAAGAUGUUAACGAAAAAAUAAAAUAUGAAAAUCUACCUGGUCAUGUUACGAUUAAACGUGUAUUAGAUCAUGUUUAUUUAAAAUGGACAUAA